CAGCCAUGUUGGGAUUUCAUUAUAUUUGGCGUUGAUCAGUCUUGUUGAUAUCGCAGUGCUAAUACAGGCUCUAACUGACAACCGUUAUACAGCCAUGGAUGAAGAGUACCAAGUUUUUACGAGGAUGGAAGACAUCACAGAGCAAGAUGAUAAAAAUCUCGCUGGAGCCAGAAAAGAAAUAAGAAACGAUUUAACAGUUAUUAUCCCAGAAAAUCCCUUUCCCGACAUCGAGGUAGACGCGUAUCCACCAUUAAAAUUCUCAUGGGUUAUACCGAAAAAAAUUGCCGCGAUGGCGUUCCCUAGGAAUAAAGAAAAUUUGAAGUAUUUAGUUAAUCAAGGUAUUACGCAUCUGGUCACACUGACGGCGGGAAAGAAGCCCCCUGUGGACGAUAUAGCGAGGCUCCGGUGGUCAGAGGUACCUGUUGAAGAAUUCGAGACCCCAAACGUAGAACAAGUAAAGAAAUUCAUUGAUGUGUGUAAGAAGUCAGACAAAAAUGGUGAGGUGAUCGGUGUCCACUGCCGGCAGGGGCGCGGCAGGUCGGGCGUGAUGCUCGCCUGCUACCUCGUGCACUUCCACCGCUUCCUGCCCGACCAGGCGAUGAACGUCGUCAGGAUGAUCAGGCCAUCAUCCUUAGACGCGGACGAGCAUGAAGAAGCAGUGGGGAGAUACUUUGAGUACCUGACAGAAGACAACCCGCUGAAGUUCGGCGUCAGCGUGGAAGUUAUGGAGGAGUUCAUCCAGGCCGCCAAGGAGUUCAACAAGAACGUACUGAGUUAGACAACUGUGAUUAUAUUCUAUUGUGUACCUGACAUUAAAUGUUAUUUGUUUUUUA